AUGUUGAGAUUUUCCAAUUUUAACUGCAAGGCUGUCCUACAAUCGUCAUAUAAAGUCAAUCUAAGAAGGAUGAACUCGACGUUUAGAAUAGAAACCGAUGCGUUCGGAGAGAUCAACGUCCCUGCUGAUAAGUAUUGGGGUGCCCAGACUCAAAGAUCCUUUCAAAACUUCAAGAUCGGUGGUGCUCGUGAGAGAAUGCCAUUACCAUUAGUGCAUGCCUUUGGUGUUUUGAAGAAAUCUGCCGCUGUUGUGAACGAAUCCCUCGGAGGAUUGGAUCCCAAGAUUUCCAAAGCUAUUCAACAGGCUGCAGACGAGGUGACCUCGGGUAAAUUAGACGACCAUUUCCCGUUGGUCGUUUUCCAAACAGGCUCCGGUACUCAAUCUAACAUGAACGCCAAUGAAGUCAUCUCUAACCGUGCCAUUGAGAUUUUAGGUGGCAAGAUCGGGUCCAAAGAGGUCCAUCCAAACAACCAUUGCAAUCAGUCUCAGUCAUCCAAUGACACUUUCCCCACUGUGAUGCAUAUUGCUGCCAGUCUGCAAAUCCAAAACGAAUUGAUUCCUGAAUUGACCAAUUUGAAAAACGCUCUUGAAGCCAAAUCUAAGGAGUUUGAGCAUAUUGUGAAGAUCGGUAGAACCCACUUACAAGAUGCCACUCCCUUGACGUUGGGUCAAGAAUUUUCCGGUUACGUGCAACAAGUUGAGAAUGGUAUCCAGAGAGUGGCCCAUUCAUUAAAAACACUGAGUUUCUUGGCUCAAGGUGGCACUGCCGUUGGUACGGGUUUGAACACCAAACCGGGAUUUGAUAUCAAGAUAGCUGAACAAAUUUCCAGUGAAACUGGACUAAAGUUCCAAACUGCCCCCAACAAGUUUGAGGCCUUGGCCGCCCAUGACGCCAUUGUCGAAUGUUCUGGCGCUCUAAAUACCCUUGCUUGUUCUCUUUUCAAAAUAGCACAGGAUAUCAGAUACCUGGGGUCUGGGCCACGUUGUGGUUACCAUGAGUUGAUGUUGCCAGAAAACGAACCGGGUUCCUCCAUCAUGCCCGGCAAGGUUAACCCCACGCAAAACGAAGCAUUGACUCAAGUGUGUGUCCAAGUAAUGGGUAACAACGCAGCGAUAACGUUUGCCGGCUCUCAAGGUCAAUUCGAACUAAACGUCUUCAAACCAGUCAUGAUCGCUAAUUUAUUGAACUCCAUCAGGCUAAUAACUGAUUCUGCAUACUCGUUUAGAGUACAUUGUGUCGAAGGUAUCAAAGCCAACGAACCUCGUAUCCACGAACUGUUGACCAAAUCUCUGAUGCUAGUCACUGCUUUGAACCCUAAGAUCGGCUACGAUGCCGCUUCCAAAGUCGCCAAAAACGCUCAUAAAAAAGGCAUCACUCUGAAGGAGAGUGCCUUGGAACUGGGUGUAUUGACUGAAAAGGAAUUUGAUGAAUGGGUCGUUCCUGAAAACAUGUUAGGGCCUAAAUAG